GCCAAGCCUCGUUGACUCCUUCGCCUUGUCCUGCCUACCACCCUCCCUCCUCGCCUUCCCCGAACCCGUGCCUCCGCCCUCCGCUUCACCUUCCCCUUCCCCUUCCCCCAACUCCCCUCCAUACCUCGCCGCCGGCCGCCUCCUCCCCCUCCCCCCUCCCCCCGCCGCGCCGCCCGCAGUGUGGUUGAUCAAACAGAUCAGAGGACUUUGUGCAAGGACGGACUGUGGGUUGCUUUUGGCAGCUUCAGCUAAAGGGUCGAUUGAUUGAUGAUUGAUGGCAGUUAUUGGAGCUGUGGAGGAUCUCUCGCCAGCUUUGCUCUUCCUUUGACCUAGCCAUAUGUUUGAUUGUGGUUAGAAAGCUCGAUACAUGGACAGACACAGAGAGGACUUUAAGAGGCUGGAUGAGUUUAGCCCUAGAUCAUCUGUACAAUCUGAAGCGGGAGGGAGGAGCAGCCUGAGGUUCAGCAUGCCUGCGUUUGGUUAUGAUUCGUUUAACCCACUAAGAUCAUUCAUGUCAGGGUUGAGAAAGAGUUCUGGAAGACUCAAAUCACUUAGACAGCCCAAUCCAUCUGGUGCUCCUAAGACAGCUUUUGCGGAAGAUCUUAAAUCUUUUAAGAAGAAUAUAUUUGAUCCCCAGCAAAAGUUCCUGUUGAGAAUGAAUAGAUUUUUCUUCCUGUCAUGUAUUUUCGCUGUUGCAGUUGAUCCACUCUUCUUCUUCCUACCCAUCAUCGACAACUCAAAUUGCAUCGGUAUAGAUAAGAAAUUGGCAGUGACAUCAACAGUAGUACGGACUAUUAUUGACUCUGUCUAUCUUAUCCGUGUGUUUCUUCAAUUCCGCACUGCUUAUGUUGCUCCAUCUUCUCGAGUGUUUGGAAGUGGCGAGCUUGUGAUCGAUCCAGCGCUAAUUGCGAUGCGUUACAUUAAAACUUACUUUGUAAUGGACUUCUUUGCACUGUUACCACUUCCACAGAUUGUUGUUUGGAGGUAUCUCCACAGUUCUGAUGGUCCAGACGUGCUGGCUACGAAAGAUGCAUUGGUUUGGGUUGUCCUGUGCCAAUACAUUCCAAGGUUGCUAAGGAUAUUCCCUGUGACCAAAGAUUUGAAAAGGACAGCUGGUGUUUUUAUUGAAACUGCAUGGGCUGGUGCUGGUUACUAUCUUCUCUGGUUUAUGCUUGCUGGCCACAAUGUUGGUACUCUGUGGUACUUCUUAACCAUAGAGCGCGAAGAUAGUUGCUGGCGUGUCAAUUGUGAUCCCGCAGCUGGUUGUAACACCAACUACUUGUAUUGUAAUGGCAGCCAUGUCGACAGUGACAGCUAUAAAAAUUGGAGUACGAGUACCCAAAUAUUUAACGUGUGCAAUGGCACUAAUGAUUCUUUCAAUUUUGGUAUCUAUCAGCAAGCAUUGGUGUCUGGAAUUCUUGGUCCAGGAAACUUUAUCUCUAAAAGUUGUUAUUGCUUCUGGUGGGGAUUACAAAAUCUAAGUACCCUUGGCCAAGGGUUUGUGACAAGCACAUAUCCCUGGGAGGUGUUAUUCUCUAUUGCAAUAUGCAUCCUAGGACUGAUUCUGUUUGCACUCCUCAUCGGUAACAUGCAGACCUACCUUCAAUCAGUUGCUAUACGCCUUGAAGAGAUGCGAGUUAAGAAGCGUGAUGCUGAGCAGUGGAUGCAUCACCGUUCACUGCCACCGGAAAUCAGAGAACGAGUAAGGCGGUAUGAACGAUAUAGGUGGUUGGAGACCAGAGGAGUAGAUGAAGAAAAUUUGGUUCAAACCCUUCCAAAAGACCUUAGGAGGGACAUCAAACGCCAUCUCUGUUUGGGUCUAGUAAAAAGGGUACCUUUGUUUGAGAAUAUGGAUGAAAGGCUACUUGAUGCAAUAUGUGAGCGAUUAAGACCUGCACUCUACACUGAAAAUGAAUACAUUUUGAGGGAAGGUGAUCCAGUGGAUGAGAUGCAAUUUAUUCUCCAUGGUUCCUUGGAGAGUGUGACUACUGACGGUGGCCGAAGUGGAUUCUUCAACAAGGUCCAGCUAAAGGAGGGUUCUUUCUGCGGCGACGAGUUGCUCACUUGGGCAUUGGAUCCCAAGUCUGGUGCGAACUUCCCGGUCUCGUCCAGGACAGUGAAGGCUCUUAGCGAGGUCGAGGCGUUCUCCUUGCGUGCCGAUGAGCUGAAAUUCGUGGCCAGUCAGUUCAGGAGGCUGCACAGCAGGCAAGUUCAGCACACAUUCCGGUUCUACUCCCAGCAAUGGAGAACCUGGGGAGCCUGCUUCAUCCAGGCGGCCUGGCGCCGAUACUACAAGAGGAAGAUGGCCGAGCAGCGCCGCAGGGAAGAGGAGGCCGCGAACCGCCAGAGCAGCAGCAGCAGCAGCGGCCCGAGCCUGGGAGCGACCAUCUACGCGUCCCGGUUCGCGGCCAACGCGCUCCGGGGAGUCCACCGGCUUCGGAGCAAGGCCGCUCUCCCCAUUGUGAGAGUGCCGAAGCCCUCGGAGCCAGAUUUUGGCGUCGACGACGCGGACUAACGAAAACAGACCACACUGGGAAAAAAAACCCUGUGCUAAUUAAUUAAGAUGAUACUUCAGGCGUGUAGAUUGUGUACAAAAUUCAAAAGACAGCCGCACACGACAUUCUGAUGAUGAUUGUAAAAGUUUUACUGCUCCAAGGAGCAUAGAAGAUGCAAAUGUAUAAUGCUUCAGUUUUGCUA